UCAAACAGCUCUGACUCCACAGAAACAGCGGAAACACACAGAAGAAGACGUCAUUUCCAGUAAACAGAGAGCGGGAGGCAGACGGAGUGAAGUGCAGGAGAUGAGUGACUGUGCUGAAGAAGAGGACAGCCGUCUGUCUGUGAAGAGUCACUGGUCCAAAGAUUCACCUCCAUUCUUCAGUCAUGAACCCUCAGACGCAAAAGGUCAGCACCACAGACAGAGAGCAGAGUCUCCAGCAUCCAGUUGUCUUUCUAUGAAGAGUGACUAUUCUAAAGAAGAGCCUCCAUUCUUCAGUAAUGAACCUGGACCCUCAGACACAAAGAUUCAGGAGGAGCAGCUGUCCUGCUGUUCUUUGUGUCAGGACGUCCUGAAGGAUCCAGUCCCUACCAGCUGUGGACACUGGUUCUGCAGACUGUGUAUCGUCUCAUACUGGGACCAGUCUGCUUCAUCAGGAGACUCCUCCUGUCCCCAGUGUGCAGAAAGAUCCAGAACAGGACCUGGACCGCAGACAGACAGUCAGACCAGCACUGUAAAAAGAGAAAGUGGUCUGCAGGAGGUUUUAGAUGAACAUAAGGUCAGUCUGAGGAGGAGAUGUGAAUGUGUGACUGAAGGAAUUGAUGAAGCAGGAAGUGAAACCCUCCUCAACAAGAUCUACACUGAGCUCUACAUCACAGAGGGACAGAGUGAAGACGUUAAUACCCAACAUGAGGUGUGGCAGCUUGAGACAGCUUCCAAGAUGGAGACCCUCCAUGACACUCCAAUCAAGUGUCACAACAUCUUUAAAGUCUUACUUGACCACCAGAAACACAUCAGAGUCGUUCUGACAAAUGGUGUCGCUGGUGUUGGAAAAACCUUCUCAGUACAGAAGUUCACUCUGGACUGGGCAGAGGGCUCUAAAAAUCAAGAUGUCAGUCUGGUGAUUCUGCUUUCAUUCAGGGAGCUAAAUUUGAUCAAAGAUGAGAAGUACAGUCUUCUCAUGCUGAUCCAUGAAUUCCAUCCAACAUUACAGAAGGUCACAGCAGAGAAGCUCGAUGACUGUAAAGUUUUGUUCAUCUUUGACGGCCUGGAUGAAAGCAGACUUUCACUGGAUUUCAACCACAGGAAGGUCGUGUCUGAUGUCACACAGAAGUCAUCAGUCAAUGUACUGUUGACAAACCUCAUCGAGGGGAAUCUGCUUCCCUUGGCUCACAUCUGGAUAACUUCCCGACCUGCAGCAGCCAAUCAGAUCCCUCCUACAUGUGUUGACAGGGUAACAGAAGUACGAGGCUUCACUGACACCCAGAAGGAGGAGUACUUCAGGAGGAGAUUCAGUGAUGAAGAGCUGUCCAGCAGAAUCAUCUCACACAUCAAGACAUCCAGGAGCCUCCACAUCAUGUGUCAAAUCCCAGUCUUCUGCUGGAUCACUGCUGCAGUUCUGGAGCAGAUGUUGACUACAGACCAGAGAGGAGAGCUGCCCAAGACCCUGACUGACAUGUAUUUACACUUCCUGCUGGUUCAGACAAAGAGGAAGAAGCACAAGUAUGAUGAAGGACAUGAGACGAGUCCACAGGAGUUGACAGAGGCUGACAGGGAAGUCCUUCUGAAGCUGGGGAGGCUGGCAUUUGAACAUCUGGAGAAAGGAAACAUCAUCUUCUACCAAAAAGACUUGGAGCAGUGUGGUCUUGAUGUCACAGAGGCCUCGGUGUUAUCAGGAUUUUGUACAGAGAUCCUCAAAAGAGAGAGUGUGAUCUUCCAGAAAACAGUCUACUGCUUUGUUCAUCUGAGCGUUCAGGAGUUUCUGGCUGCAGUCUACAUGUACCACUGUUACACCAACAGGAAGACAGAGGUAUUGGAGGACUUCCUGGAGGAUGAUAAUGAUGAUGAUUCAUUGAAUGAUUAUGAUGAUGACAUGGACGAUAACUCUUACCCAUCCCUAGAUGACUUCCUGAUGGGAGCCAUGGAGAAAUCUCUCAAAAGUAAAAAUGGCCACCUGGACCUGUUUGUUCGCUUCCUUCAUGGCCUCUCUCUGGAGUCCAACCAGAGUCUCUUAGGAGACCUGCUGGGUCAGACAGAGAACAGUCCAGAAAUCAUCCAGAGAAUCAUCAACAACCUGAAGGAGGAGCAGGCUAAGUUUAUCUCUCCUGACAGAAGCAUCAACAUCUUCCACUGUCUGAUAGAGAUGAACGACCGCUCAGUACAUCAGGAGAUCCAAGAGUUCCUGGAGUCACGGAAUAGAUCAGAUAAGAGACUCUCUGAGAUCCACUGCUCAGCUCUGGCCUACAUGCUGCAGAUGUCAGAGGAGAUUCUGGAUGAGUUGGAUCUGGACAAGUACAACACAUCAGUGGAGGGUCGACUCAGACUGAUUCCAGCUGUGAGGAACUGCAGGAAGGCUCGACUUCCUGAAUGUUGGCUAUCAGAGACUCACUAUGAGGUUGUGGCCUCAGCUCUGAAGUCCAACCCCUCCCAUCUGAGAGAGCUGGACCUCACAGGAAGCAAGUUGCAGGAUUCAGGAGUGAAGCUGCUGUCUGCUGGACUGGAGGGUCCACACUGUAGACUGGAGACUCUCUUACUUGCUAAUUGUGGACUAACAGAGAUCAGCUGUGCAUCUCUGGUCUCAGCUCUGAAGUCCAACCCCUCCCAUCUGAGAAAGCUAGAGCUGAGCUCCAACAACCUGCAAGAUUCAGGAGUGAAGCUACUGUCUGCUGGACUGGAAAGUCCACAAUGGAGAUUGGAGACUCUGAGAUUGAGUCGGUGCAGUUUGUCAGAGAUCAGCUGUGCUUCUCUGGCCUCAGCUCUGAAGUCCAACUCCUCCCAUCUGAGAGAGCUGGAUCUGAGUAUGAAUGAGCUGCAGGAUUCAGGAGUGAAGCUGCUGUCUGCCGGACUGGAGAGUCCAAACUGUAGACUGAAGACUCUGAGACUUAAUCACUGUGCAUUGCCAGAGAGCUGCUGCUCACAUCUGGCCUCAGCUCUGAGCUCUGACCCCUCCAAUCUGAGAGAGCUGGACCUGCAUGGAAAUGAGCUGCGGGAUUCAGGAGUGAAGCUGCUGUCGGCUGGACUGGAGAGUCCACACUGCAGGCUGGAGACUCUAAGGUUGAAGGACUGUCUGAUCACAGAGGACAGCUGCUCACAUCUGGCCUCUGCUCUGAAGUCCAACCCUUCCCAUCUGAGAGAGCUGGAACUGAGUGUCAACAAGCUGUCUGAUUCAGGAGUGAAGCUGUUGUCUGUUGGACUGGAGAGUCCACACUGUAGACUGGAGACAUUGAGGUUGAAGGACUGUCAGAUUACAGAUAAAGGCUGUUCAUCUCUGGCAUCAGCUCUAAAGUCCAAUCCCUCCCAUCUGAGAGAGCUGGAGCUGAGCCUUAACAAGAUGCAGGAUUCAGGAGUGAAGCUGCUGUCUGAUCUUUUGGAGAGUCCAAACUGUAGACUGGAGAUUCUGAGGUUUAAAUAAUGUCGGACUGUAGAGAGAGGACGUCAUUCAUCAAGCUGCUGCAUCUUCACAUCUGAAUUCAUAUUUAUCAAAGAUGUCAGAACUGUUUCUUUUCUCUUUUCAGUCAUUUCUUCCCUUCUUGUACCAUAUCUUUGUUUUUUUUUGCUGGUAUUUCUUUUGUUCGUUCUUUCGAUUUCCCCCUCCUUAUCCUUUAGUUUGUGUCUUAUUUCUUAAGAUCGUGUCUUCUUUCCUUUCAGUUUUUCAUUUAGACUAAAACUACUCUUUCAUUCCAUUUCUGUUACCCUUUAUUCAAAUAAUUAACACAAAAUUCUCACCUGCAUAUCACUAUCAACAUAUCACUAUUCUGUCUACCAUUACCACACCACAACACCCUAAAAACUACCCAGAGUCACAAUAGCAACCUCCUGACAACAACCUAGCUGCUACCUGGUGCAGCCAUGGCAACCAUGGAAGAUCUUUGCAGACACUAAAGGAGCCACCAAAUAACAUCCUACCAACCACGUUAGCAAUGACAUACAGACUAAUUAUGAACACUGUAACAACAUCCUGAAACACCCUAUCAACUGAUCCUACCAACUGCCUAGCAACAACUAUGUCACAACAUACCAAUCAACUCAAGUAAAUAAUUACAGUAUAAUAAUUACAUUACAAAAAUAAUUUAAAAGUGCAAUGCAGAAUAAAACAGUAAAACAACGAGAAACAUUGAAAAAUAAGACCUAAACAGGACAUAGACAGUAAGAAGAAAAGACUUUCUGAUAAAAGCGAGUUUUAAGAAGUGAUUGAUUCAAUAAAUUUGUGUGUAAAAUGUUUGAAUUUACUGAAGUUUUAGUUUGUUUCAUCUUCCCAAAUUCUCAGCAGUUAAUUUAUCAAUGAUUAAAUCACAUGAAAUUAAAUAUUAAAUACAGCUGUUUGCAUUCCUAGUUGGAUGUUUAUAUUUCAUCCUUUAACUGUAGCAAAGCCUCACACAUACUGACGAACACUGAGGACUGUCUGAUGUGUGAUUUACAAACUGAAGCUGGUAGUUUGUUGGUUUGAACAGCAGGUGGUGCUGCUGCAUCGACAAUCACCUGAGAAUCAAACAUACAACAAGUGUAAUUCACUGUUGUUGUGUGAAUAUUAACAGAUAAACAGCAGGUGGCGCAAAUUCUCCAGUAGAUGCCAUUAAACUACUGCAGAAGAAGAGGACACAACGAGAUGACAUCGGUCAAAGCUCAAAUGAUGGAACCAUAUGGAA